ACAGCUGCAAGUUUUCGUGGUGUUUUCGUUUGGUAUCUCGUAUCUAACUUUUUAUUUUAUAAUUAUGGCCGAAAAUAAAAGCAAGCGGUGUCAAAACUUCACGUUUGAUGAAAAGGAUAAACUUGUAAAGUUAAUGAAUACUUUUAAAAAUGUUAUAUUAAAUAAAAAGACGGACGGUACAACAAAUCAAGCGAAGAAUGAAGCGUGGGUGAAUUUGUGCACAAGAUUUAAUUCCACAGGAACCACGGCUAGAAGUAAAGAAUCUCUUAUGAGAGUCUGGGAGAAAAUGAAGACUGAUGCGAAGUUAUACAAAGCACUUAGCAAAAGCAGUCACAAUGGCACAGGAGGUGGCCCAUCGUGUGUUAAAACAGAUAUAAUUUUGGAACAAGUCAGUGACUUGAUGGGCCGAGCAUGUAAAGGCAUAACUGAUGUCCAGGAUUCAGAUGCUGACAAAAUUACUGAAGCCAGUUCAUUACCAAUACUUGGUGAUGAGACAAUGGAAAUUUUAAUAUUUCAAAAUGAAAAUGAGAUGCUUUCGUUCCUACCAGUGUUUCAAUAGAGGGCUAGACAGAGAAACACUACGGGGCGACAACAACAAAAUGAACUAAACUGGCAGAAUUUUCAAUACAAAAUUAUUUCAGUCAUUUGUAUAGGUGUCGACCCACUGUAUGAUUAUAUUAUAUUUACACUGUGAUUUUUAUAUUAGAAUUUGUUUUGUUACAAUUUUAAUGCAAUACAAGAAAUGUGGAAUAUAUUGAAAAUAACGAUGUUGGGAAUAAUAAUGACAUUGCUCCAACACUGUCAUCACCAACAUCGUCUCAAUUUAUAAAGUCCACAUCUAUAUGGAAAAGACGACAACCAAUAAUUAAAGAAAAUAAGGAUAAAGCUGAAGUUGUUUCAACGUUAUGUGGAGGUUUUAAAGAUUUGAAUUCUAAAAAGGCUACUGUGGAAGAUUUAAAAAUUAAAAUGUUAGAAGAAGAAAUAAAAUUUAAAAGAGAAUUGUACCAGCUGCAGUUAGAAACAGCUAGAAAGGAAUUGGAAAUUAAAACUGAAGUAUGCAACCAAUUAAAAGGUAUGUGUUUUAUUUAUUGGUGAAAUUACUAUAUAUAUUUUACAUAAUAAAUUAGAUAUUUAUAAAUUAUCAAAAUAUUGUGUAAUUUGAUUUCUGCGAAAUCCAUAUGACAAAGAAGGUCUGUCAGAAAAUGCCAUAUUAUUUAUUUGUCCCCUUGCAAUUAGCUCUUCCAGGUUAGGCACAUCAUCAUUAUUCACAGGCUGUUGCUCAUUUCUUAAUAUGCAUAUAUUAUGGAAGAUACAGCAAGCUAUAAUGACAUUAAUGGCAUUGUUUAAAGCUAAACGAAUUCCAACCGCAAGUACUGGAAACCUUCGUUUUAGCACACCAUAUUGCCGUUCCACCACAUUUCGUGUUCUAAUGUGGGCCUCAUUAUAUUUUCGUUCUCCACUUGUUGUAGGGUUGAGAUAAGGUGUCAAGAGAUGAGGCUAAAACAAAAAUAUUUUUAAGUAUUAUUGUAUAUAAUAAUGUAAUUUAUAUGAUGUAAAAUAUUUCUUUUCUAUUCCAGGUCACACCUUAAACUUUCAAAAUGUAUCAGGAAUACCUAAAAAUGGUUCUGCAAAUAACUAGUUUAAGUAUACUUUUUUAUUAAUUAAAUAUCCCUUACCCAUGCAUAAUCUUUUUAUUAAAUAAAAAGUAUUUAUUUAAUCAAUAUUUUGAGCUCUGUGAUGAAUGAUGUUAUUCUUUUUGUUUGUAAUUUUUGUAAUUCUUUUUGUAACCUACUUAAGUUUUAAUCAAUAUUAUAUUAUUAUUCUCCUUAUUUUUUCUUUUACCUUUAAGGGAUAGCCACUAUCCCCAAGUAAAUGGCUGUCUCCAUACUCCCCUCUUUCAAACUUUCUAUAAAUAUAGCUAUUUUGGUAAAUUGCUGAGUCAUGUGUAGAGCCUGGCCAGCGUGCAACAACAUCCUGGACCAACAACUUUGCUGAUGCAAUUGUUUGGACAUUUAUGGACAUGUAGCCUUUCCUGUUUCUAAAUAGUUCAGCAUCAUCUCCACCUAUAGAUAUAAAUAAUACUUCAUCAGCAUUGCUUGAUAGACUACUAAGAGAAAUGAACUUUUAGUGAAAGGUAGUUAAAUAAAAAUGAGGAAUUUACCUGGUGACUGAAUUUUUACAUGUGUGCAAUCAAUACAGCCUAGUACAUUAGGGAAUCUAGCUAUAUCAUAGAAGUCUAUCUUAACUCUGUCUUGGUCUCUGUUUGUAUCAGGAAAUAUAAUGAAUUCUCGACGUAGGGAAACAAUUGCUUGAGACACUCUCUUUACUAUCCGGCUGGAUGUAGCCAAACUAGUACCACCCAUAUCAGCCACAGCAAGCAAGUGAUUGCCUGUGGCAUAAUAUCUUAAAGCUAUUAAUAAUUGAUUUAUGGGUGGUAUGGAAUUGUUCCUGUAAAAAAAAUAAACAACUACAAAUUAAAAUAGGUAGAAACUUAAGUAAGAUAUACCUCGGGUAUCAAUUUACCAUGGUAGGUAGGUUAGCACCAAACAGGUACCUACGGCCUACCUAUACAGGCUCAUUUUCUACUCAAAAGUUACUGUUAGGAGAGCAAUAAAGUAACCUUUUAUGCUUUUACCUUUAUUUCGUAGCUAGGUAUUAUAGGUAAUAAGUGAAAAUGUAGGAACCCAGGAACCCACACUUUAACUUAAAUAUUUAAUAAACUACAGUUUUAAUAACAUUAUAGACUAUUGUACAUACAUUAAAAUUGAUAACAUAUGUAAAUAGUUAGGUACUCACCUAUUAUCAGAAAAUUCCAAAAUAUGUUCAAUUUUUUCCAACAAAUAUAUCACUGUUGAUUUAGAUAACCUAUACUUCGGAAAAAAUCUAUUUCAUCGAAAUCGUUGAAAUAAUUUGGUCGUUUUCGAUAUAUUUUAGGUCUUCGACUACGAUUUAUAUCAAAUAUAGUAUCAGUUGUGUCUAAAUUAUCAAGAAAAUCAAAUAGAUCACAGUCCAUCUUGUCCUCUAAAAGUCGCUUUUACUUAUGUGAAGGUUUAUGGGACCAAUAAUCCAUCUCAUAAAUUUAGGGGAUCGUUUAGUCAGUAACGGACCCUUUAAAAGUGGUGAAACGGAAACUAUCCCCUAACUGGCCCCUAAAUAUGCUAAGGGGUCCCAUAAAUCUUACGGGUCGUUGGUGAAAGUGGGCAUGAGUCACCUAAAGUUUUAGUUGCAAUCUUUGUCAAAAUUUUAACCAAUUUUCUCUUCUUUGAUACUAUUUUCUUCAUCAAUGUAACCUGUAAUGAAAUAAAUAAAAUAAUUAAGUACUAUAUUCAUAUUUUGUAACUGAAUGAUAAACAUAAAAAUAUUAAUUUAUUAUUUAGAACUUUUGAUGUGUUUGACUUGUUUUGACCAUCCUAUAAAAGCUCUUGCAUUUAGAAUAAGAUUCAUUAUAGUUCUCAUCGUAGUAAUGUAAUCAUGUAGUUAAGGAAGUCAGUAUUGCACUGAAUUAAUUUUAAUACAUUACUGUAAUGUAAUAGUUAUUAAAUGUCAUUGAGAUAUAUUUGUAGUUUUUAAAAAGCUUCACCACCACUACCGAAACUUAACUGGCGCAGCCAGCUCACAGCUUACAGCUGAGUUCAAGUACACUCAAAUUGGUCUUGUCCACAGUUCCGGAUAUCCUCAAACCAAAUAAGUUUGUUAAAUCAGGAGCUGAAGAAACCUUCCUAUUCAGACAAGAGGAGAUCUACAGGUAGACGUGACAGUGAGCGGACUGUAAAUAAAGCGUUUUACUAUCCUGUCUCAUUGUAGUUAUUUCCUGUGGUUAUUUCUUAAUGGCUCUAUGUUGUAACUUUUGAACUAAAAUCGUUGAAAGUUAUUUGAUUUCUGCACAAAACUUGGCAGUUAUUUAUUAGGUAAAUAUUAUUAUAAAGAAAAAUAAAAUGGAUUAAAUAAAAAUAAUGUACUUAAUUGUAAUCUUAACACUUUCACUGUCCGGUUGGCAGACACAAUAGUAAGACAAUAGCAGUGCCCUAUAUGUAGUGCACGGGACAACAAAAGGGUUAAGAAGUGCUAAAAUUAUAGAAAGAGAAUAAUUAACAGAAUAUUUUUGUAUACAUGUAUUGAUUUUUAAAUAAAAAUGAAACAGAGAAGAGAAAAAAGUAUGUCACUUUCUUCAAAUUAGACCUAAGGAUCUAAAAAAGCUUGAUCAGCAUGUUUGAUGGCGAUCAAAGUAUUUCAAGUUUAUUUAAUAUAUUAUAAGAUUUUUUAUGGCAUCAACAAGAUUAUACAUACAAACUAAAUAAUAUUAUAUAUAACAAUUACCUUAUAGGAAAAGAUGCAUCUCUUUUUAAGUGAAAGAUUCUGGUGAUUCUAGAUCAAAUUGAAACUGAAUUAGAAAAUAUUCUUAGUGGUUUCAAUACCUACUU